AUUUUACAUAAAAAUGGACAGAUAUCCAGCAUUAGUGAAAUUACCAAAGAGCACAUGGAGCUCAGCCAUGAACCAGAAGUGCUGAAAGAACAGCAGGCAGUUCUUACAUUAGAAGUUGAUGAAACAAGCGCUGCAAAUUUAAUUCUGGAAGAGGAAUUGACUGAAAAUAUCAAGACCAGUCCACCAGAAUUAAACGACAAGUCAAAUGAAGAUGAGGUACAGAAAGACACAGAAGAUGCUAAUAAACAGCUGGAAUCAGAAGAAAAAGAAGAUCAACCUAGUGUAUCUCCAUCAAAUGAUGUUGGAUUUAAAAAGGUUUUUAAAUUAGUUGGAUUCAAAUUUACAGUUAAGAAGGAUAAAACAGAGAAAGCUGAACCUGUUCAGCUAUUGGAUGUAAAGACAGAGGUUGCAGAAGGGUCAGGUGAUGUGGCUGGAGAUAAACCAUUCAAGGCAGAGACAGUGGGAGAAGCCACACAAAAUGAAAUAACUGCCUCUGUAGACAAGAUGGUGGAAGAAACUCAGGCUGAGGAGAUGGAACGAGAAACUUCCUCUGAGAAAGUAACAGAAACCCCUGUUGACCCAGAAAGCAAAGAGGCAGAAAUUAAAAACAAUGGGAUUAAAUCUCCAGAAUCUCCGGUGAGCCCAUUAAACAAUGAAACUGCAUCACCUCUAAGGAAGUUUUUUAGUCAGAGUUGGGCUGGGUUUAGAAAAAGGACAAGCUUCAGAAAAUCUAGAGAAGAAGUGCAAUUUGAGAAAGAAAAACAAGAACAGGAAAUGGAGAAAGAAGUGUCAACAGAAAUAAUAAUUGUUGAAGAAGAAUUAGAAAAAGAAAAACUGACAUCAGAAAAACAUGGGACAGAAGUUUCUUGCCAAGCCAGUGAUGAAAAAAUGGAAAGUGAGGAAGAGAGAAAAGAAGAAACAAAAAUGGUCGAAGCUCCAACAGAAACUGACUUGAAACAAGCUACCACUCCCAGUGAGCAGCCUUCAGCAGAAGAACCGACUGAAAAUAUAAAUAAAGACAUUUCUUUGGAAGACAGUGAUGAAAAAAUGGAAAGCGAUAAAAAGAGGAAACUCUCAUCAGAAACCGAUCUGAAAGAAGCUGCUACUCCCAGGGAGCAACCGCCAGCAGAAGAACUGGAUGAAAAUAUAAAAGAAAUGGAUAUAAUCUUGGAAGGAGACACUGACUUGGAGUCCAAGAAAAAAUUGGAACAAGCACAAAAAAGUCUAAUGGGCAAAGAGCAAAGUAUUAUUGCAUUGCAUGAAUCAAAAAUAGAACUGAUAAAUGAAGUAUUUGAAGAAAAAAUAAACCAACUGGAUUCACUGUCUCCAGUAGCAAUAGAAAAGCCUGAGGAACCUUUUGAAAUAAUAGAAGAAAAAUCAGAACCAAGGGCUCCUCUGGCCACAGAGAUUUUUGAUGAAAAACCUAGAGAGAUAAAUAUUGAUGUUAGAGCGGUUGUGACAGAAGAAGAACCCCAAAUAACUAAAAAAGAACAACUAGUUCUUGAACAGCUAGUGGAAACAAAUGAUGACUUUCAGAAAGAACAGCCCACCAUUGAACAGUUAAAAGUCACAGAAACAGUUCUUGAAAUAGCAAAGGAACACUUCAUCCAAACCGAUCCAAGCAGUCUUGAUGCAGCAGCAGGCAAACCUCCAGAAGGCAUAAUAACAAGUGAGGUAGAAUUGCUGUCAUCUCAAGAAAAAGCCAAGAUGCAAGGCAGCCCUUUGAAAAAGCUUUUCACGGGUCCUGGCUUAAAGAAAUUGUCAAGAAAGAAACAUAAAGGAAAGAAAGAAGCUAAACCAGAGGAAGCAGCAGAAGAAGCACAGCAGUCAUCUGAUACUGCAGAAAGUCCAGAUGACCCAAGGGGGGAGAGUUCUGCUUCUUCUCCUGAAGAAAUAACAGAAUCCAUAGAAAAGUCCUCCGAUGCUGCACAGGUUCCUGAAACUGAAGAAGGGUUUCCUUCAGAUGCAGAGAAGAAAAGAGAGAGUGUUACACCUUGGGCAUCUUUUAAAAAAAUGGUGACUCCUAAGAAACGGGUUAGGAGACUUUCUGAAGGUGACAGAGAAGAAGAGCUUGAUAAGACAAUCGAAAAUGUACCUAACGAUGAACAGGAAGAUAUUAAAGAAAAUGGUGAGGAACAAAAAAUAGAAAAAAGUGCAGAUGAGCCCAAGAAAAAAGUUGAUACUUCUGUAUCAUGGGAAGCUUUAAUCUGUGUAGGCUCAUCAAAGAGAAGAAGCCGAAAAUCUUCAUCUUCUGAUGAAGAAGCUGGACCAAAACUUGCUCAAGAUGAACAAAAAAUAGAUGAGAGUGCACCAAAUAAAGAAGCAGUACAUGAUACCAUCUUUACUAACUCACAUGAAAGUGACCAAGGACAAGGAAGUUCUUCGCCAGAACAAGCAGGAAGCCCAUCUGAAGCAGAGGGAAUUUCAACAUGGGAAUCUUUUAAAAGACUAGUAACUCCAAGAAGAAAAUCUAAAACAAGGAUGGAAGAUAAAAAUGAUGAACCCAUCACAAUUCCAAGUUUAGAACAUGCUACCUUAGAUGGGGAUACUGAAAAAGAAGAAUCCUGGGUUUCAUUUAAAAAAUUAAUGCCUGGUCGUAGGAAGAAAAGGUCUGAUGGAAUACCAGAGCAUGCUCCUGUUCUAGAAGCUGGAGAAGAAAUGGCAGGAACAAAUGAGGAGGACUUUGAUGUUCCAGCUGUGGUUCCUUUAUCAGAGUAUGAUGCUGCUGAGCAAGAGAAAUGUGAAGCUCAACAUGCAGAGCAAGAUGAUCUGGAUAAGGAAAUUCCAAGUCAAAAUAUAGAAAAGUUAGAAAGUACAUCAAUAACACAGCAGGUCGCUGAAGGAUUAGUUCAUGCAGUUGCUGUCUCAGUGCUAGAAGGUGAGAGAGCAAUUAUAAGUAUUGAAGAAAGAUCACCAUCUUGGAUACCAGCUGCUGUGACCAUGUCCACUGAACAUGUCAAUGAUGAUGAGGAACAAUCUGAGCAGAUUUCUGGAACUGGAAUUGUUGAAGAAAUGGCAGCGGUUACUAAACUUGUGCCACAAAUAAGAAAGGAUAUUAGUGGUGAUAGUAUAAUCGGGGACCUGGAGUUAACCUCGGAAGCAGUUACAGCUAGGGAAGAAGCUUCAAUCAUUGAAGAGAUAACUGAAGUGUCUUGUGCUAAAGAAACCACUGAAAUGUCUUGUGCUGAAGAGACAACUGAAAUGAUUUCAGCAGUUUCAAGGCUAACUGAGUCUCCUGAUACUACAGAAAUAGCUACACCAGUACAGGAGAUCGAUGAAAAUGAACAAGCCCUGGAAGAAUUAAAUAAACAAACACAGGAAAUGUUGCAAAUUGUUGCUGAAAGAAUUAAAUUGUCUGAUGAAAAGGGAAUUAAUGCGAGUCUGACAGAAGUAAUUGUUCAGCCAUUGUCAACUAAAGAAGAAACUGAGGAAAAGCUGAUGAUUUCAGAAGGAAUCUCCUCUACUGAAUUUCCAAAAGAUGUUCAGCUUGAAACAAUAGAGUCUCGGGCUUACAAAAUUGUUCAGAUAAUAAUCCAGAGUGCAGUUGCCCAAUUUCAGCAAGAGUUCAUGGUUCUUUCAAAGCAGAAGAGUGAAACUGCAAUUCUGUAUCCUGAUAAACUGGCAUUUUGUGAGCAAAUAAAUUUGUUGCUAGAAGAAUCAGCAGGAAGAUACACCAGAGAAGGUGCACUUCAGAUGGGUGCAUCUGGAUCCCAUCCAGAAAUGGAGGCGCCAAAAUCUUCAUCUGAUGAAGAAAGUGAAGAAAAGGUGAUGACCUCAGAAGGAAUCCCCUUUGUUGAAUUACCAAAAGAACUUCAACCUCAAACAACAGUAUCUCAGGCUUACAAAAUUGUGCAGAUAAUAAUCCAGAAAGCAGUUGCUCAGUUUCGACAAGAGUCCGUGGCUCUUUUAAAGCAGAAGAGUGAAAUGGCAGUUCUGUGUCCUGAUCUGGACACAAAGGCAUUUUCAGAGACAAUAGAUUCAGUGCUUGAAAAAUCAGCAGGAAUAUGCACCAGAGAAGCUGCACUCCAGAUGGGUGCAUCUGGAUCUCCUCCAGAAAUGGAGCUGCCAAAAUCUCCAUCUGAUGAAGAAAUUGAGCAAAAGGUGAUAACUUCAGGAGGAGUCUUAACAUCAUCUGACUUUCCAAAAGAUGUUCAGCCUGAAACUAUAGAGUCUCAGGCUUACAAAAUUGCACAGAUAAUAAUUGAGAAUGCAGUUGGUCAAUUACAACAAGAGUCUGUGCCUCUUUUAAAGAAGGAGAGUGAGACUGCAGUUUUGGACCUUCAUCUUGAUAAAGUGGCAUUUUCUGAGAAAACAGAUUCAGUACUAGAAGAAUCGGCAGGAAGAUGCAUCAGAGAUGGUGCGCUCCAGAUGGGUACAUCUGUAUCCCCUUCAGAAAUGGAGCUGCUACCAUCCUCAUCAGAAGAAGAAGCUGAGCAAAAGGUGAUGACUUCAGAAGGAGUCUCAACAUCUACUGACUUUCCAAAAGGUGUUCAGCCUGAAACCACAGAGUCUCAGGCUUACAAAAUUGCACAGAUAAUAAUCCAGUAUGCACUUGCCCAAUUUCAACCCAAGUCUAUGACUCUUUCCAAGCAGAAAAGAGAAACUGCAGUUCUGUAUCCUGAUCCUGAUAAAGUGGCAUUUUCAGAGAAAACAGGUUCAGUGCUAGAAGAAUCAGCAGGAAUAUGCAGCAGAGAAAGUGUACUCCAGGCAGCUUCAUCUGGAUUACAACCAGAAAUGGAGUUGCCAACAUCUUCACCUGUUGAAGAAGCUGAGCAAAAGGUGAUAAUUUUAGAAGGAAUCCCCUCUACUGAAUUUCCAAAAGAUGUUCAGCCUGAAACAAUCGAAUCUCAGAGUUUAAAAGUUGAGCAGGAAAUGAGUGCAGUUGCUCAAUUUCAGCAAGAGCCCAUGGCUUUUUCAAAGCAGAAGAGUGAAACAUUAGUUGUGUAUUCUGGUACUGAUGUAGUGGCAUUUUCAGAAGAAAUAGAUUUGGCACUAGAAGAAUCACUAGAGAAAUGCACCAGAGACAGUGCACUCCAGAUAAGUACAUCUGACUCCCUUCCAGAAAUAGAGCUGCCAAAAUCUUCAGAAGAAGAAACUGAGGAAAAUAUGAUGAUGACAUCGGAAGGAAUACCCUCUGCUGAAUUUCCAGAAGAAUCAAAAGGAAGAUGCACCAGAGAAGAUUCACUCCAGACUGGUACAUGUGGAUCCCCUCCAGAAAUGGAUCUGCCAAUUUCUUCAGCUCAGGAAGAAGCUGAGCAAAAGGUGAUGACUUCAGAAGGAGUCUCAACAUAUACUGACUUUCCAAAAGGUGUUCAGCCUGAAAACAUAGAGUCUCAGGCUUACAAAAUUGUGCAGAUAAUAAUCCAGUAUGCACUUGCCCAAUUUCAACCCGAGUCUAUGACUCUUUCCAAGCAGAAAAGAGAAACCGCAGUUCUGUUUCCUGACCCUGAUAAAGUGGCAUUUUCAGAGAAAACAGGUUCAGUGCUAGAAGAAUCAGCAGGAAGACGCCCCAGAGAAAGUGUGCUCCAGAUAGGUUCAUCUGGAUUACAUCCAGAAAUGGAGGUGCCAACAUCUUCAGCUGAUGAAGAAACUGAGGAAAAUGUGAUGACUUCGGAAGGAAUCCCCUCUACUGAAUUUCCAAAAGAAGUUCAACCUGAAACCACAGAAUCUCGGGCUUAUAAAAUUGCACAGAUAAUAAUCCAGAAUGCAGUUGCUCAACUUCAACAAGAGUCCAUGGCUCUUUCAAAGCAGAAGAGUGAAACUGCAGUUCUAUGUCAUGAUCUUGAUGCAAUGACAUUUUCAGAGAAAAUAGAUCCAGCGCUAGAAGAAUCACCAGGGAAAUCCACCAGAGAAGAUGCAUUCCAGACAGGUGCAUCUGGAUCCCCUCCAGAAAUUGAGGUGCCUACAUCUUCAGUUGAUGAAGAAACUGAGGAAAAGGUGAUGAUGAUUUCAGAAAGAAUCCCCUCUGCUGAAUUUCCAAAAAGUGUUGAGUUUGAGGAAGUAGAAUCUCAGGCUUACAAAAUUGUGCAGAUAAUAAUCCAGAAUGCAGUUGCUCAAUUUCAACAAGAGUCCAUGGCUCUUUCAAAGCAGAAAUGUGAUGUUCUAGUUAUGUACCCUGAUACUGAUGCAGUGUCAUUUUCAGAAAAAAUAGAUUCAAUGCUCGAAGAAGCAUUAGGAAGAUGCACCAGAGAAAGUGUGUUCCAAACAAGUACAUCUGGAUCCCCUUUAGAAAUGGAGGUGCCAACAUCUUCAGCUGAUAAAGAAACUGAGGAAGAGGUGAUGACUUCAGAAAGAAUUCCCUUUACUGAAUUUCGGAAAGAUGUUCUACCUGAAACAGUAGAGUCUCGGGCUUAUAAACUUGUGCAGAUAAUAAUCCAGAAUGCAGUUGCUCAGUUUAAACAGGAGUCCAGGGCUCUUUCAAAGCAGAAGAGUGAAGCUCCAAUUCUGUAUCCUGAUAAAAUGGCAUUUUCAGAGAAAAUAGAUUCAGUGCUAGAAGAAUCACCAGGGAAAUGCACCAGAGAAGAUGCACUGCAGACAGAUGCAUCUGGAUCCCCUCCAGAAAUGGAGCUGCCAAAAUUUUCAUCUGAAGAACAAACUGAAGAAAUGGAGAUGACUUCUGAAGGCAUCCCCCCUACUGAAUUCCCAGAAGAAUCAGAAGGAAGAUGCACCACAGAAGGAACACUCCAGACAGGUGCAUCUGGUUCUCCUCCAGAAAUGGAGCUGCCAAAAUUUUCAUCUGAAGAACAAACUGAAGAAAUGGAGAUGCCUUCUGAAGGCAUCCCCCCUACUGAAUUCCCAGAAGAAUCAGAAGGAAGAUGCACCACAGAAGGAACACUCCAGACAGGUGCAUCUGGUUCUCCUCCAGAAAUGGAGCUGCCAAAAUUUUCAUCUGAAGAACAAACUGAAGAAAAGGAGAUGACUUCCGAAGGCAUCCCCCCUACUGAAUUCCCAGAAGAAUCAGAAGGAAGAUGCACCACAGAAGGAACACUCCAGACAGGUGCAUCUGGUUCUCCUCCAGAAAUGGAGCUGCCAAAAUUUUCAACUGAAGAACAAACUGAAAAAAAGGAGAUGACUUCCGAAGGCAUCCCCUCUACUGAAUUCCCAGAAGAAUCAGAAGGAAGAUGCACCACAGAAGGAGCACUCCAGACAGGUGCAUCUGGAUCUCCUCCAGAAAUGGAUCAGCCAAAAUCUUUAUCUGAAGAGGAAACUGAGGAAAAGGUGAUGACUUCAGAAUGCAUCCCCUCUACUGAAUUUCCAGAAUCAGAAGGAAAAUGCACUAGAGAAAGCACACUCCAGAUGGAUACAUCUGGAUCCACUCCAGAAAUAGAGCUGCCAAAAUCUUCAUCAGAAGUAGAAACUGAGGAAAAGAUUAUGACUUCAGAGGGCAUCCCCUGUACUGACUUUUCAGAAGAAUCAGAAGGAAAAGGCACUAGAGAUGGUGCACUCCAAAUGAGUACAUCUGGAUCCACUCCAGAAAUAGACCUGCCAAAAUCUUCAUCAGAAAUAGAAACUGAGAAAAAGGUUAUGAUGACUUCAGAAGAAAUAUCCUCUGCUGAAUUUGCAGAAGAAUCAGCAGAAAGAUGCACCAGAGAAGAUUCACUCCAGUCAUGUACAUCUCAAUCUCCUCCAGACAUGGAGCUGCUAACAUCUUCAUCUCCGGAAGAAGCUGAGCAAAAGGUGAUGAUUUCAGAACCAUUCCUGACCCCUACUGAAUUUCCAAAAUAUGUUCAGGCUGAAACAAUAGAGUUUGAGAGUUACAAAAUUGUGCAGAAAAUGAGUGCAGUCACUCAAUUUCAACAAUCACAAGAGGCCACUUCUCCUUUAACGCAGAAGAGUGAAUUGUGUCUAACAGGUUUAAAUGAAUUUGGAAUUCAGGAAGUUUUACAAGUUCGUCAGCAAGUUUUUCUGGCAGAAGAGAAAAAUCAUGAAAUUCAGCCAACCACUGUAAAUGCAGACACAGAAGAAGCUGUUAAAGUAGCAAAAGAAAUGCCUUCAUGUUCUAUAGUAUCUGAAGAUAGAGAAAACUGGAAUUCCAGAAAGACAGAUGCUGAUCUUGAAACUGUGAAAGAGAAUGUAAGCAAAACAGAAAGUAAGCAAUAUGAUUCAAAGCCUGAAUUAAAAGCAGAUGUAGUUGUUUCAACAGAGACUCAAAACAUCAUGCUAGGAAGUAUUGUCUCAGGUGAUCAUCCAAUAGGCUCUCUUGAAACAGAACAAUCAACAAGAAAAGAUUUAGAAGUUGGGUUUAUAGACGAAAACCAAGAAAACUUAAUAGAACAUCAGACUCCGAGGAAGAGAAAAGAAGAUUACAGCCAAUCGGCAGAAUUUCCUGAGAUGCCUAAAGAGGAAGAUACCACAUCUGCUGACAGUCUUCAGCCUCAGACAAAACUCGGAAAAUUCUGAGGUGUAAGAAAAUUCUUACACUUAAACAUUUCUGUUGAAGAUUGUUGAAGACUGCUUCUUACAUUUGGAGGGACCAGUACCCAAAGAAGGUAGCAGAAAAGGAUGGAUUCUGCUUAAACUGGCUGAAGACCAAUGAUUUUGCUGUGAGAACAUGUCUGUGCUUUCAGAUGUUUUUCUGUCAAAGUCACCUGACAAUCCUGAGCUACCAUCAGGAGCUUGAGCCACCUCCUUUAAUUUUGAUUGUGAAUACUUCCUUUCACAAUAUUCUUUUACUUUUAUUUUUGUUGUUGAUGAAGAGAUUGGGGUGGGUUAUUGAAUGGGGGCAGGAAGUAUUUCUGUUCAAAUGAUGUCAGUCUCUUAAUCUGGAAAAGAAGUUGGCAUCAUGUGAGAUUCCCUUUCUACCAAUGCUUCUCAAACUGGAUUGUAAUUCUUUGUGUAUUUAUGUUAACUCUUCUUUCUAUGUAAAAGAUUGAAAGAAAAUUAUUUCACUUGUUUGGGCCAAGAAGUAUUAUGAAUGACCCACCACUAACUAUAGAUGGUUCCAACCAACUUAACAUUGGUUUCCCAUUUGCUUGGAGGAAUGUGAGAAUAAAUGUUUUAUGAUAUAUUUGCUAUUGAUUUCAGAAAGGUAAUUGCCAAACAAUGCACCUUCUCUUGAUCUGUUAGUAAAUUGUAAAUCUAAUUCAUACUUCAUGAAUAGUGAGAUACACUGUGAUUUCUUUAAAGUAAUUUAAAUAAGUAUAUUUGGCUUACAUUUAUAUUUGCAUUCAUAUUCAGAAUAAAUGCAUUAUAUGAAUAUUUAGGAUGCCUGGAGUAAAUACACUCAAUUUUGUUCAAUGCAACUCAUAAUAUGAGAUGCACUUACAAAAUGGGCAGGCUUCAAAUGCUCAGCAACUGAAUAAUCAUUAAAUAUUCUUCUUUCAGAAUUUGACUUUCAAGUCACCAAGUUGUAUAGCCAGUCAAAUUAAAUUGCAUUUUGUAGUCUUCAUAUCUAUCUAAAUGAGCUUUUUCCAAGGCCCCCAGCAGGCUCAUUGUCCUACCUGUAUUAUAUUUUAUUUGACAUGUACCCAGGAAACUAUAGAUGCAUACUGUUAAGAGCUGCACAAUGAGGAAUAAAACAGAAAGAUCAUUAAUAUCACUGCACCAUCUAGUGGUCACUAUGCACAUUUUCUAACUUACGAUAACUUUUGGCUAAUACUACUACUUUUAUUCAGCUAAAAUAUGGAAUGGCAAGUGUUUCAUACAAUUCUACAUUAUAUCUGGAAUAGCUUGGCUAUAAAAGGCAAAUAUGACAAAUAAUAAUAUGCAAUCCUGUACAUGCAUUGUGACAUUGCAGUGGGCUGUUUUGUGCAAGUUAAUAGUGAGAGAUGUUACAUCUUUUGUAGAAAAAGAAAAAUCAACUUAGACUAUGGUGAGUAGGUAUCUGCUUUUUUAAAAGAAAAGUCAUAUACUUGAUCUGUUUAUAUCAAGAUAUAAGCAAUUUCUUUUUAAAUUAUAAAUGGCUGUUUCUUUUAGCAUGUUUAAUUCAAUCUUUAUGUUUUGGUGAUACAAAACCCAGUGGAAUCCAGGUACCCAAAGAUCAUUAUUUUGGUAUAAUAAGGAAAUGUUAUGCACCUUUUUCAGUUUUAAUACAUCAGUGAGGGAAGACACAAGGAUAAUAAGUCCUGCCUCCUCACCAGAAACUAUUAAGUGGUGCCAAAAGGAAGAAGUGGCCAUGUCAGCAGUGAGUAGUUUCUUCCCGGCCAGAAUGGCGAUAAUGAAUUUACCAAAUAGUAUCCCACUAGAAAUUCAAUUUGAUUUCUUUGCUUCUACAUUUCUUUUUGAGUAAUGGAAAAGUCUGAUCUUUUCUCCACCACACUGACCUCAUGAAAAUAUUUAAAAAUUGUCAGUCUAUUCAACUAUGUCCAAACAAAAAGUAGCUUCUUCAUUCCAGUUUAUGUACAUUUUUUUUUCAAAUCUAAACAAUGAAAACUUGCAUAUGCUGUUAUGUGCUAUUUCUUACACAUGAUAGAAGAGCAUAAUGAAACAAUUUGUUCACUCCAGUUGAAUGCUAUUUCAUAAAGUUAAUUUUAUCUUUCAAAACCAAUGAAUAAUUAAACCUACAGGCUCCUUAGAAUAUUUUUUUCUGAAAAUUAAUUGUAUAGAUUACACAAACAUAUUUGCUUCUAGACCCCUGAAUUGUUCACAAUUUCUUAGUGUGAUAGAAUAGGUAAGAAAAUUUAAUUUACUUGAAAAUGGAAACAAGGAGGGCUUGUGGCUCUCUCAAUUAGAUAUUCUAUUUAGGUGCUUGAAUGUUCAAUAAUAACUGUCCCAAAAUUAAUUAGCAUUUGCAGUACUUUAUUAUAACAUCAUUUUCCCCAGCUACAAGUUUUGUUCUGGGUGCAAGACACUAGCUUUCUUACUUUCAUUAGUUCUUUUAUUAAAUAAAACCUUGCUGCAUUUCAUAAAGUUAAUUUUAUCUUUGUGAAAAGCCAAUGAACAAAUUAAACUAUAGUUCCUUAGAAGAUUUCUUUUUUGAAGUUGAUAGUAUAGAUUACACAAAUUUAUUUAUUAUUAAGAAAUAUAGUUCUAUUUAAUUUCAAUAAAAAAUAAAAUAUAAAACUACAGUCCCUAUAUACAAGUCAGUUGCUAUUUAGCAUUUUUUCUUCAGGCAAAUGUAUGGAUUUUUCUUGGAGAGCAUGAAGCCUCUACGUCAUCUAAAAGAAGAGGCAGAGCCAGCAAUGUGACUCAUCUGCCCUUAUUCCUGUGUUAUGGUAUCUUUUUCAAUAGAUCUGCUGAAAUUACAGUUUAAGACCUGAUCUAUCCCUUACCCCUAUUUCUGGAAUUCACUCUUGCCUGAUCAAGUUUCUUUAUGUGAUUCACUUGAUUAGGAAAUGUUUAUUAUGUAUAGCCCACUUCAAAAUAAGAUUUGUUUUAGUGCCACUUUAAUUUUAUAGCACCAUUUUAACAGCUAAUGGGAAACCAAUUAUUUAAGCAAACUAUAAUCUGUUUAUGGAAAGCCAUAUUGUGAAAGCUGCAGCAAGUGAAAUAAUAAUGCAAAAUACAGUGGUGGCAUGACCUAUGUAAUCCUGGACUUUAUAUCUCCCUUUAUAGCUCUAAGAUUGUUAAUAGUUGUGUAAAGUUAAACAUUUAAAUAAAAUCUGGUAAUAACAAUGUAAAUAGUUACUGACUAGAAGUUGAGGAACAAGUGCUUAAUUUGGGAACUUUUUUUUAAGAUACUGUGGCCUUUCUAAGCAAUGUUAAGGACAUAAAUCAUCUAACCAGUCAUUCUUCUUCCAACUGAUGGUCUCAAAACAAAAAACAAGGAACCCAAAUCAUUUUUGUCGUGGUGCAGGGAGCAUGUCUCCAUUCACAGAUAACUGCUUUGAUACAGUGUGUUGCUUUGGCCUCUAAAAUACUUCAGACAACACUGCAAAUCUUAGCUUGUGCCUCAACUCCAAGCUUUUGCAGUUUCUUCUAAUUGAUUGUAUUGGGUUAUAUUUUGAUUUUCUAUGUUGUUUUUAAGGUAGAUUUUCAUGGAUUAAAUAAAAUUCAAAUAAUU